GCCUCACGCAAGUUAGCCAGGCCCCCGUGAGCCACGCCGGGUGGGGCCCUCUCCCCGUCCCGCUCGGCCUCUUCCUGAAACGGGUCCUAAGGAGGGACAAGACCCAGACAGGAUCCAAGUGGUAAAACGUGGGAGAUGAGAUGGCGGGGAAAGCCGUCGACCAGGCCUGGUGUGCAGCCAGAAGAUGGGUGCGGGCGCUCACGCGUCUGAUGACGGAUUCUCUUCUGCAGGCAUCAAACCUCAUGAACAAUCCCCAAGUUCAGCAGCUCAUGUCCGGGAUGAUUUCGGGUGGCCACAACCCCCUGGGGACUCCCGGCACCAGCCCCUCACAGAAUGACCUGGCUAGUCUCAUCCAGGCCGGCCAGCAGUUCGCCCAGCAGAUGCAGCAGCAAAAUCCAGAGUUGAUAGAACAGCUCCGAAGUCAGAUCCGGAGUCGGACCCCCAGUGCCAGCAACGACGACCAGCAGGAGUGACCAGCCACCCCUCCCAGUGCCGCCAGCUUCUUCCCACCGACUGGAAGCCGUCUCGCAUUUUGCUGUCUUCUCCCCUUGGACCACCCAAGAGAGAAAAAGAAACAGAAACUGGACCUGCAUGUUAAGAUGGAUUUUUAUUACUCCCUUCACCCUCCCCUCCCUGUUUGUAGUCUCCCACGGCCCCCAGACCCUUCUCGAAACAGAGCCAGCAAGCUGUGAACGCAGACCAGCACUGAUCUCUCCCAGCCCCCUGAAAACCCAGUCACGGAAGUGUUUUCUAGACUGUUCCGGGGCGGGGGUCGUCCUAGGCCACUCUCCAGGAAGCAGCCUGUUUUGUGUCGAGCCAUGUUGGGGACACCCAUGGCUCCCAGAGCCCCUCUCUGCAGCCCCCGCGGUCUGUCUUCAGAGGAGACGUGAGAAGCCACUUGCAGGCCAACCUCGGCCUCCCCAGCCGCACCCUGCUCGGGUGAGCUCACUGCCAGCCGCGGUCUGGGCACCGGUGGCCGCCAUGCCCCUCGGACCGCGGGUUUUCGUGUGAGGAGCUCUUCAGACACAUUUUCCUAAAGGACGAUUUCCGUGACCUUGCGACCCAGUUGGGAGCAGGGGUGGGACCAACCUGGGGCGCACAGGACCAGGUACUGGGACUUUUCUUCCAGUCGAGCAUUUUGAUGGACACGUGUCUCAUCUCUGAUCCUCCUGUCCCAGUACUCAUGACCGACAGACCCCAAGGGGCAGAUCGUGACCUUUCAGCCUGUCUCCAGCCGGGAGUCCAGCCCAUUGCCCUUCUGCCCGGCCGGCCUGUCUGGGUCCUUGGCAGGCUCUCCUGUCCUGUCGAGGGCUGGGGAGCCAGCAGGGGCCCCUGGUGCCACCAGAGUUGCUUCUGGGGAGCAGGCAUGCCAGCCUGCCCAGGACACGAGGCCACCGUGGAUGUGCCCAUGGCCUCUACUCAGGCAGGAUGGGCGAGGGGGGUCGGGUCUGUGGGCGCCAGCGUUGGCAUCUGGAUCGUGUGAGGUUCCCUGGUGGUCCGGGCCGUCUGCGAGGUAGACCCAGUACGUGUGUGUCGUAGGUAACUAGUAGGAAGACGGACACUGCCAGCCACCCGCAGUCCGUCCCGCGUCUGGCAAGAUGUGUCCUAACGAGUGCUAGCCAUGGUGACAAGAAAACGUGUGGGGAAUAAAUAGACAUCACGACCUCU